AUGGAUGCUACAACUCUGGAUCUUUCUAUCCUCUGCAGGAGAGCAGAUGCACAGAACUUUAAAGUUGUAAACAUCGUCGGUCUAAAGCCAGGAAGCGUCUUUGUGGACAGUAUUGCAGAAUAUAACUAUCCAAACAACGACACCCAAAUUCAGUUUCUAAACCAUGAUUUGAAAGCCACACUGGAAAACAUCUUUAAUGACUCAGUUUUGCUUAAGAAUCUCAGCGCAGCUCUCGGCGAUAUUGUCAUUCAUGUUACACAUAUUGAAAUGCAGACAAUAGAAAUAUCAAAUAUUUCAGAUCUAGAACCAUAUGUGCACUGCACAGUGCUUUUUCCGGGUUUCACAGAGGAAAUUGAAAAUGGGAUAUCAUGGAUAUGUGCAGGACCAUGCAAAAAAAUGCCCAACUUCUGCAAUCAACAUGGGGAAUGCUUAAAUGGGAUAAAUGUAACAAGCUGCAAGUGUACGCAUUCUAACUUUGAGGGGUACUAUGGAACACAUUGUGAGCUGUACCGCAGAGAGGCUGGCUUCUACGCUGUUCUCUUUGGGAGUUUAGCAGCCUUUGCUCUCCUUCUCAUUGUUCUGACUGUGAUGAUUGUGGUUCUAUGUAGAAGCAAGAGGAUGUCAAGCACAAGGAAGUUAUCACAGUUUGAUGAAAUCUUUGACUUUACAUCAGGAGGUAUGGAUUCUGUUUGUUGCUUUGUGGGUGUUUGUGGUUAUACUUGA